AUGAAACUGCUCUACUCUAAAAUAUUAUUGUUCGCUCUUGCAUUAAAUAUAUUGUUAACAUCAUAUUAUGCACAUAAUAAAAAUAAACCAUACAUCAUACCACGUUAUACACCAACUGCUACAUCACGGGUGUUAAGCGAAUGUGACAUACAUGCGCCAAUUUAUUAUAAUGAUGAGGAUAUGAAAUCUGUGAAGGAAAAUUUCGAGCGACAAACGUCACGACGUUUUGAAGAAUACAAUGAACGUAUGAACAAAAACAGACAGAAAUGUAAAGAACAACGUGACAAAGAUAUACAAAAAAUUAUUUUAAAGGAUAAAAUAGAAAAAUCAUUAGAAGAAAAAGUGGAAAAAGGUUGUCUUAGGUGUGCGUGUGGGUUAGGAGGUGUUGCAGCAGGUGUUGGAAUAAUUGGUGCAAUUGCUGUAAAUGAGUGGACCAAAGUUGCAACAGCAGCUGCUGUUCAAAAGGGUAUUAAGGCAGGUAUUGCUAAAGCCAUUGAUGAUUUAGGAAAUAUAGUAGGGCUAAUUCAAUUUGAUUUAAUCGAUUGGGCUGCAAAAAUUGAUGGAAUAAAUUUUUUAAAACAAAAUAGCCUGGUUUCUAUUGUAAACGAAGUAUAUUAUAAGUGUAUUGACAUUGAGAAUUCUUCUGAUUUUUUAUUUUGCAGUGCCACAAAAGCUUGGGAUCAACAAAAGAGUACAUUGGGUCUUCAAAUCAUUUCUAAUCAAGCAGCAGAAGCUGCAGUAGCAGCUGGUAAAGCUGCUGAAACUGCUGAAAAAGCUGAAAUAGUCUUGGUGAAUGCUAAAAGUUCACUUUUGUACAGUGCAAUUGGUUACUCAGUCAUUGCCAUAUUGAUUAUUGUUUUGGUUAUGAUAAUCAUAUAUUUAAUUUUACGUUAUCGACGAACAAAAAAAAUGAAUAAAAAAGCAGAAUACACAAAAUUAUUAAAUAAAUAA